UUCUCUGUUUGUGUAUUUCCGCCCGCUAGAAUCUAUUCGACGCCAUUAGUGACGCGGCUCACCACACUUUGGCAACGGUUUUGGGCUUUCGUCCUUUAGUUUUGUGAUUUCUCUAGUUAUUUUUAGGUGCUAAGUCCUUAUAAUGAGCGAUAUAGAGCGAAGCGGCAGUCGAAGCGCUAGUCCCAGACGUCCCCGUACAGCAGAUGGGGGUCCGAGAGACUCACGAUCGAGGUCGAGGUCCCCAAAAUCGAGGGAGAGGAAGGAGAGCCACCGUCCAAAACAGGAAUAUUCAAGGUCGAGGAGCAGGUCGGGGUCCCAAAGACGUAAAUCAUACCGUAGCAGCAAAUAUGCAGGAACUGGUCACCGAGGAAGUAGCCGCAGUCGCAGCCGCUCGCCCUAUAGGGGUGGGCGCUACUCUCGCAGCAGGUCUCAUUCGUACUCGCGAUCGCGCUAUUCUCGCGAGAGAGACAGGAACAUUUACCGAUCGCACUCCCGCAGCCCCAUGUCUUCAAGACGGCGCCAUGUCGGAAACCGGGACAACCCAUGCCCCUCCAGAUGUCUCGGAGUCUUUGGUCUAUCCAUCUACACAACUGAGCAGCAGAUCCACCACAUCUUCUCGAAAUACGGGCCGGUGGAGCGGGUGCAGGUCGUCAUCGAUGCAAAGACUGGACGGUCGAGAGGCUUUUGCUUCGUUUACUUUGAAUCGUCUGAGGACGCCAAAGUUGCCAAGGAACAAUGUACAGGAAUGGAAAUCGACGGUCGAAGGAUACGGGUAGAUUUUUCUAUUACGCAACGAGCACAUACGCCAACGCCAGGCAUUUAUAUGGGCAAACCAACCCAUUUACACGAUAGAAGUUGGGAAGGACCCAGGCGAAGAGAAGGCAGCGGGUACAGAGGAAGCUACAGGAGGUCACCAAGUCCGUAUUAUAAUAGUAGUAGCCGUCGCCGCUCACGCUACGAACGUUCGAGGUCACGAUCCUACUCUCCUCGUCGAUAUUAAGUGACGCGAGUGUGACGCGAGAGGCCAGGUGUUGGGAGCCAUUUGUGACUUGAUCCUUUCACCUCCCUUCUUACCCCUAACUAGACGGGGUCCAAAUAAUGCAAACGCUACAUUCUAACAAAUUUAUAGCCAUUCUCACGUUAUUGUAACGAUCGAUAUCUACUUAUCCGCUUGUCGCGGUGUGUAGAAACAUGAGUUUUAAAAACUAAUUAAUCAAUCCUGCGGUGAGAAUGGCUGAAGGAAACCUUAUCUCUAUGACUUGCCUUUAUUUCUUCGAUUCUUUUUUCUUUUGUUUCCUUUUUUUUUUACUGAAUCGUAGAUGUAAGGUUUCUAUUACAUUAUUCGUAUGACUAUGAUAUGUAAAGGUUGGAAUAUAAUUUAUUCAUUCUUGAGUUCGAAUUCUAUCAGUUCAAUGUUUUUAUCGAAGUUGUAUUCCAGCCAUUGGACAAUGUACUGCCACAUCGUGCAAGUGGUAAAAAUGAAAUAUGUGGUAUUCUUAGUGAUUUAUAAUAAAUAAAUCUGAAAACUAGACAUAGAUCUCUCUAACACGUUUGUUUGUUUAUAAGGUUUUGAAUCAAGAGGUAUUGGAUGAUAGAGGGAAGUUUCAAGUUUGACUGAAAAAAAUGAAAGUUUUGCAAAGAAAAAUUGAAGACAAGAUUUACGAAGAUCUUUCUCUUGCUCGAAUGAAUUUCAAGAUCCCACGAAGGUCUUUCGCGCUUGUGACAAAGAAUAUGAUCCGAAUCCGAUUCAUUUCCUUCUGAGAAGUCUCAAGCCUAGAAGAGCUGCAAGAGCAGUAGAGCAAGCUUCAAGACAGAAUCAGAAUCAUUGGGCAUCAGGCCCCUGGCCAGGGCAGGUCGGUGGUAGUCGGGGGUGAAACUGGCCGAAAAAGUUUACGAAAAUAAUCAAGAAACACCGAAAUUUCUUCAUUUUUUUUCCAAAGGGGAAAAGUAUAGGCAUUUCAAGUUUAUACAGAUCAUAUUCUUUAUCAGUUGAGUUUGUUUCACAAACGAGAUGCACACCAAUCGAAGAAACUCAUUGAAUAAAUAAACAAAAAUAUAUACGUAUGAAUUAAAAACAAAAACAAAUUAUCCGCUACCUUCCCAUCCCUCCACCAUCCCAAAACCUCGGACUUCCUCCUAUGAUCCCUUAUAAACUCUGAUUUUGUUUAGAAUAAGUCAACAGCUAUUUCUUAAGCUAGUCAAUAAACAUUGACUUUCAUAUCCUAAAA